UCAAUCGACUCGAUGGGAUCUUCUAUUGUUUGAUCGAUCGAUUGAUAGAUGGAUGGAUGGAUCGAUUGAUUAAUUGAUUGACUUAUCAAACAAAAAAAAACAAAAAAACAAAAAAACACGGGGAAGGAGAAGGUCGUUAGCAAAAACACAAGACGAACUAGAAGAGGGUGAGGAUGGGCGAGACGAUGGCGAAGAAGAAGAAGCGGGGGAGGAUAAGGUCGUGGCGAUGGAGAAGGAAUAGGAGGAUGGCGACGACGAAGGAGGAGGAGGAGGAGGCGCAUGCCCCGACGACGGAGGAGGAGGAAGAGGAGAAGGAGGAUGAGGAGGCCAAGACGACGGAAGAGGAGGAGGGAGAAAACUUAGAGGAGGAAGAAGAAGAGGAGGAGGAGGAGGAGGACGGGAAGGGGACGAGGAAGAAGGUGACGAAGAAGAAGAGGGCGAGGAGGAGGACGAUGACGAAGGAGGAGGAGGAAGCGGAUGAGGCCCAAAUGAUGGAGGAGGAGGAGGAGGAGAAGCAGGAGGAGGAGGAGGAGAAGCAGGAGCAGGAGGCGGCGGAGGACGAAGAAGAAGAGGGCAAGGAGGAGAAGGACGACGAUGAAGGAGGAGGAGGAGGAGGAGGAGGCCCUGACGAUGGAGGAGGAGGAAACGGAGGAGCAUGAGGAGGAGGUGGAGGACAAAGAAAAAGAGAGCGAAGAGGAGGAGGGGAAAAAAUUAGAGGAGGAAGAAGAAGGAGAGGAGGAGGAGGAGGAGGAAGAGGACGAGGAGGAGAAGUAAAAGUCUCCAUUGGAA